AUGACUUUCACGACUGAGACGAACAAGCCCCGCACGCUCAUCCUGUGCUUCGAUGGUACCGCAGACCAGUUUUCAGACACAAAUACAAACGUUGUCAAGCUCUACUCUCUCUUCAAGAAAGAGGAAUCAGAGCAGCUUUGCUAUUACCAGCCUGGCAUCGGCACAUAUCUCAAUGACGGCGUCGUGUCUCCCUUCUUUGAGUGGGGCGCGAAGAUACUUGACCAAGGUGUCGCUUGGUACUUAGACGCACAUGUCCGUGGUGGAUAUCAAUUCUUGAUGCAGAACUACCGCCCUGGGGAUAAAAUUUGUAUAUUUGGCUUCUCUCGGGGCGCAUACACAGCCCGAGCCCUUGCCGGAAUGCUGCACAAGGCAAGUAUUAUUGGACUGCUCCCCAAGAACAACCCCGAGCAGAUACCAUUUGCGUACAAACUGUACAAACACACGGAUGCCAAGAGUAUUGAGCUCGCCGAGGGUUUCAAAAGCACAUUCUGCCGAGAGGUCAAGAUUGAGUUCGUAGGAGUAUGGGACACUGUUGCGAGCGUAGGCAUGCUCGUCAGUCGCACUCUCCCAUUUAUCGCGAACAAUACAACAAUCAAGACAUUCCGGCACGCUCUGUCCCUCGAUGAGCACCGCGCGAAGUUUCGUCCGAACCUCUACCACCGUCCCGACACCACCAAAGCUCCGCAGACUAAGUCUACACGCAAGCAGAACACCGAGAAGCCCGCGGACAAGGGAAAGGGCAGGACGUUCUGGCCUUUCAGCCUCGGGAACGCGAAGAACAAGCUCACGAAGCGCGCGACGAAGCGGACCAGCACGGAUGCAGCGUGGUCGGACCUGCCGUCCGCCGCGGCGGAGCUGCGCUGGGGCAGGGGCAGCGCGGAUGAGAAAGUCGAAAAGCUCAACACGGGCGCGGAUGUGCUCGAGGUGUGGUUUGCGGGGUGUCACUGUGAUGUCGGCGGGAGCGCGGUGACGGACGACACGAAGCUGUCGCUCGCGGACAUCACGCUGCACUGGAUGGUGCGCCAAAUCGUGCUUGCGCAAUGCGGGAUCGUGUUCGACCGCGAAGCUCUCCUUCUUGCGGGCAUCCCUGCAUCGCCUUUGCACGACCAGCUAUGGAUGGCACCGCUCUGGUGGGUCCUGGAGAUCUUGCCGACAAGCUACAACUGGCAGGAGCACAACGGGCGGUGGCACACGUCUCUGCACCUUGGGCAAGGCCGCCAUCUGCCGCCACACCCGAACUUCCACAUCACGGUCAAGCACCGGAUGGACGAGAAGAACCUGCGGUACCGCCCGCGGGCGAUCUGGACACCGGGAACGGAGGUCUAUGUUGAGUAG